AUUUCAGUCCCAGCACUGAUGUACACGUAGCAGCACUUGUAUAGUUGUAUUACGCCGCAGCAGGCGCUUGGUUCCAGGCAGAACCAAGUCCAUUGCCACCGCCGUCGAUCUGACCUCACCCUCGGCCAUGUCGGCUACUGCUCCACCUGACGCCGCCUCAGUGGAGAAGCGGAAGCCAGCCGCCCACGCGGUGUUCUUCCCGUUCCCGGCGCAGGGCCACGUCAAGGCGGCGCUGCACCUGGCCAUGCUCGUCCAUGCCCGGGGCGGCGUCCGCGUCACCUUCGUCCACUCCGACCGCAACCGCCGCCGCCUCCUCCGCUCGCAGGGCCCCGACGCGCUCGCCGGCGCCCCGGGGUUCUCUUUCGCCUCCGUCCCGGACAGCCUGCCGCCGCCGUCUGGCGAAGGCGGCGACACUCCGCAGUACAUGGCCGCCCUGCUUUCAUCCCUCGAGACCUCUGCCGGUUCGCACCUCAAGAAACUGCUCGACGACGCGGCUGCCGCCGGCGCACCGGCCACCUGCGUCGUCUCCGACGUCGACUCCGUCCUGCGCGCCGCCGGGGAGGUCGGCGUCCCGGCCGUCGCCUUCUGGACGGCGAGCGCCAGCGCGCUCAUGGCAUUCCAGCAGUGCCAGCAGCUCAUCGACAAGGGCUUCGUUCCGCUCAAAGAUGCAGCGCAGCUGAGCAAUGGUUAUCUUGACAGCACGGUCAUCGACUGGGUGCCUGGGAUGCCGGCGGACAUGCGCCUGCGCGACUUCCCAAGCUUCUUCCGCACGACGGACCCCGACGACGCCAUGCUCCGCCGCGUCCUCGGCGUCGUGGACUGCGUCCGGACCGCCGCCUCCGCCAUGGUGCUCAACACGUUCGACGAACUCGAGGGCGAGGUCGUCGAAGCCAUGUCCGCCUUCCUCCCGCCCAUCUACGCCGUUGGGCCGGUCCCCUUGCUCGCUCAACAAGUCGUCGUUGCAGGCGGCGGGGCCCCGCCGCCGGCCGCCAGCCUCACCAAGGAGGACGACGGGUGCCUGGCAUGGCUAGGAACCAAGCGGCCCCGCUCCGUGGUGUACGCCAACUUCGGGAGCAUAGCCGUGCUAACAACCCAGCAGAUAGAGGAGUUCGCGUGGGGUUUGGCCAACAGCGGCUACGACUUCUUGAUGGUAAUCAGAGAUGACCAAGCAAACGGCGCCUUCGGCGGCGGCAUCACGCCGGAGUUCGUUGAGGAGACGAAGGGGAGGUGCUACGUCACGAGAUGGUGCCCGCAGGCGGCGGUGCUCCAGCACGAGGCCGUCGGCGCGUUCCUGACGCACUGCGGGUGGAACUCGAUGCUGGAGAGCAUAUGUUCCGGUGUGCCCAUGCUGUGCUGGCCCUUUGGCGCGGAUCAGCAGACCAACUGCCGGUUCGCCUGCACGGAGUGGCGCGUCGGCGUCGAGGUCGGCGGCGAUGUCAAGAGAGCGGAGGUGGAGGCGUUGGUAAGGGAUGUGAUGGGAGGAGGGGAGAAAGGGAUGGAGCUGAGGCGGAGAGCUGCCGAAUGGAAGGAGAGGGCAGCUGCGGCUUCGGAGCCAGGUGGCUCCUCUUGGGUCAACCUUGACAGGUUGGUCAAUGAGGUUUUCCAUCCUUUAUAAGAAAGAGCUUUAGUAGUAGCUAAUUAGGUUUCAUGUACUGUAAUAAGUUCUCAUCAUCUCGUCCCACCACCCUGGCUCCUCAAGUAUCUGAAUCUUUUUCUUCACCAAAUUUCUUCAUCACAUGUGUGCUAUGAAGUGAAGGAUAUGAUAGGUAUUUCGGAUGGUUCAGAGAGCUGAGCAUCUGAAUUAUUCUCGUUCAUGCUCCAUCCGUUUUAAAUUGCAAGUCAUUUUAGCUUUUUUUAAUCCAUAAAUA